AUGUCAUCAUCCGCUUCAGCUCGGUCGACAUUCACUCUGCGCUAUGGCGGCCGCGUGAUUUCCGUGUCCCGUUCAGCCUCAUACUAUGCGGUUAUCGAACACGCUCGUGGCAUGAGCUACGCUUUGCAGUUAAUAGAGCCCUCAGACAUAACGCUCAGAUCGUCCUCGUUUCCUGGCCAUACGGACGGCGUGAUCACGCGCGAGAAGUGGGCCGGACUGGGCCGGCGGGUCAGAGUGGUCGAGGUCAAAGUACGCCGACGAGAGCCGCCUGCCGCAAGUACAUUUCGAGUACCAUCUGCAUCCGCGAGCACCGCGCAUGGGCCGAUCGAGUGGGCCAGAGGAGACUGGCUUUCUUCGUGCUUCACUGAAGUGUACAUCACAGUCGAGGCCCUAGGUCGCAACGGCGGAGAAUACCCUGUCCGAGUACAUCUGGAGUCCAGGGUCUCCGACUUCAAGGAGUUCUUGCAAGGGCCGCUCUCGCUUAGGAGGAAGUUUGGGCCCGCGAGACGGAAACAGCUGUUGUUUGAGGGUCAGGUUGUGCCGGGGUACUUGACCCUGGAGGGCGCAGGCAUACGCGCGAACUCGAGGGUGCAGCUGGCUUACAGGAAGCGUAAACGCGAUACCGAUACACAAGCAUAG